UACAGAGGAGAAAGGGGGAGAGAGGUAAGGAUUAUUUGGUUUAUUUAGGGGCUUGUUACAGUAGAGUAACGUCAGUAAAGGGAUGAAAGGUGUAGAUCAGGACAGAGACCGACAGGUUUUAUGAGAGCAGAGAGAUCAAGUCAGAUUUAGAGUUUGGGGUACAUAGGCAAGGCAUGACAAACAUUGCAGUUAUAACACAUUGAGACAAGGAGACCGAAUUGAACAAUAAUAGAGGCCAUUUUGGGGUUCAGGGAUAAGGGUAUAGGGACCAAGGGCAGAGUUUAGUGUUUAUUUUUGUUUUUUUUGGGGUGGGGACAGGUGGAACGAGCAGCAUUGUCUUGAUGAGUACAGCAUUGCUGUCAGGAGUCAUAGAACGAACAACCACAGAGAUGGGGAACACAUGGAUUAUAGGAGUCAUCUCUCUCCUGGCUGUUUCUGCUACCUGGAGUUUGGAAACCGGACAUAACAACCACAUUUCCGUGACCUCUCACACUACCCCUCCUUCCACUUCAAUUACAUCUACAGAACUUCGACUGCAUGUUGCCAGAAGUGAACAUUUUCAUCUAGGCCAUGAGGUCAUCUUAACAUGCUGCAAUAAGACUUGGAGUGAAAUGAUCUACACCAUUUGGAAAAUAGACCGGGGUGGAACAGUGUGUCAAAUAUCAUCAGGUGUUAAUGACCAACCUCUUGACUCAUGCAAUGAUGGAAAAGUCAUGCUAAACACAACCAGUGGUGAAUCUUACCUACACAUUCCUGAGUUCUCAAUCAGUGAUGAGGGAUUCUACUACUGUGAGUCAGUAUACAGAGGAGGGAGCAACUCUGCAAACAUUAAGGUAUCAGUUAUAGCUCCUCCCACAGUGUCUGCCUCGCUGGAGUGGGAGGGCCGUAGGAGGGUGGCUGUGUGUUUAGCUGAAGGGGGGAAACCAGCUGCCUCCAUCUCCUGGAGGAACCGAUGGAACUCUACUUCAACCAUAGCCAGCACUAUAGAGACCAAACAGAACCAAGACGGCUCCUACUCUGUGGAGAGACGGUUGGUCCUGCCUGAUGUCAUCCCUAUGGGCAACCUGACCUGUGAUGUCAGACAUCCCUCCUGGGUUGAGGUGCAUACUGUGACACUACAGAUCCCCGAAGGGGAAUCAAUACCAUGGCUACAUGUCAUCAUCUUCGUGGUAACCAUCAGUGUCAUUAUGGCUACUCUUGGUGGUUUAUACUUCACACGAAAACACCUCUGCAGAAUUAGCCCCGCCACACCGUCUGAGUCCAAGGCUCCUCAGGACUAUGUGGAGGAAGUAGAGCCCUAUGCCAGCUAUGUGCAGCGUGUCAACUCCAUCUACAACUCCUCUGCAGACCUGUUCACAUAACACCCACACACACAGACACACACACAGACACACACACACAGACACACAGACACACACACACAGACACACACACACACACCCACACACAUACACACACAGACACACACACACACACACACACACAGACACACACACAGACAGACACACACACACACACACACACAGACAGACAGACAGACAGACAGACAGACAGACAGACAGACAGGCAGGCAGGCAGGCAGGCAGGCAGGCAGGCAGGCAGGCACCACUCUUUACAAAUUUGGAGGUUGAUGAAAGUGAGAAAAGCCACAAUGAGCCAGUAAAUGAAACAGGUAGAUAACGGAGGACAUGACGCAGAGCUUCAUGUAGGAGAGGAAACCUUCACGGGCUGUGGAGGCAGAUGAAAAAGGAAUUCCACCCAGCAGACGUGUGGCACCACUGCAGACACAGCUCCCACUCCCCCUGCAUCUCUACCAAACCACAAAGCCUCUGUCUCAAUGUGAACCUGGAGAACUUGCCUCACAACUCCUAACCUUUCCUUACAGAUAACUAUAGAAUAAUGACAUCCUGGAGACGUGAGAAAAUGGCCAAAGAUUAAACAGUUCUACAGAGAUUUCCACAACCAAAGUGACAUGUGGGCAGAUCAGAGAUGAUCUUUCCAGUUUCCUAAUUUGCACACUGAGAACUAUGACUGUGUGUAGUCUGUGUGUAGUCUGUAUACCACAGCUCUCAUAACACACACGUUUGACUGUUCCCACACACCUGUGUAUCAUCUGCUACUCGUGGGCAAGAGUGCAAUUUUGACAUGUUUAAUCAAAAUCAAAAUGUAUAUUACACUGAAGCAUGAUUACAUUGUUUUUGUUGAGUUAAUAUUUAUGAUUGAAUUUAAAUAUCAUGUUUAUUAUAUUUCUUUCUAAUAACAACAGAUUAUUUACAUUAGAACCUUACAACCUGAGCUGAUGGGAAAUGGAGGUGCAGCACACACCACAUUCUCUGUGGUUUCAUUCAGGAGAGAAGAGUUUGAAUCUGAGAACUAAGUUUACAACCAAGCUUUUUAAUUGAGUGAGUUGCUUUCGAUUUAGAAAAUGUGUAUGCUUGUUUGCAGAGUGCAAAUUGUACUGUGACAUUCGGGGGAGCCUCUAUUAAAGUUGUCCUGGGCCUAAUAGAAAAGACGUAAUUUAAUGCUAAAAAUGUAUUACAUUUUAAUGUGGCAUGAACACAACCAGUCAUGAUGUUUUCAUCUGUUUGUCAAACAAAUCACUUCCAAAAGUAAGCUACUUGCGGCUGCCCACGUUCCUCCCCCAAAACUCCAGAAUCCAAACAGUGCACUGUGCUCGCGCCAUUUGAUUCAUGGAAGGAGACAUCUGCAGUGCUAUUGUUAGUGCUAUAGUUCCAGGGAUGUGUCAGAAAUAUUUUUGGGCCAUUUUCACAGCCAUAAUUAUGAGCGCAAUAGCUGGAGGUGGUGCAAAAGGGCUGACUUUUGAUGAAUAAACAAGUUGUAGGUGUGAUGAGGGCUUGAACACUCACUGGCCAAUCAACACGUUACAUGGCUUAAUACUGCAUGUGUUUUUCUCAAUUUUUGUAGGUUAUUGACUGUCUUUGCAUUGUCAUCAAUUCCAAUUCAGCUGGGGCCACGGAAUAUGUUUGUUCUGGUCCAUUGUGGAUUGAUACUACAGUUUAUUAUUUGGCGUACAAUAACAAAUAAUAGCAACAGUAAAAAAAAAAGCCAGUACUCAAUAGCCUAUGUUUGGAGCAUUGGCAGUCAACAUUGUUGUAAUUGGCUUCAAUGAGCCCAGCCUACAUGUCUUUACGUAUCAUACUUUACCUAAAAUAAAAACUACUAAACUCCUGUAAA